AUGAGUGCAAAACCUGUGUACCACAAUCGCGCCACCACUUUCCUCGACGACGGCGAGAGUUUUCAGGCUGAUUUUGUGGCGUGGCGGUGCGACGACGAGCACGGCGACACCCACUGGGAGCUACUCGGUCCACUGCUGGCUGUGCACAGUGGCGCGAAAACCCCGGUGGACGUGCACAAGCACGUGAGUGCCUCUGAAGGCAGUUGGCGGGCGAUGUUCCAUGUUCUCGGCCUGCAGUGGUCCGACCACAUAUUCCCACCCGUGAAAGCGGUACAAGCGAAGCUUCGCAAGACAGGCGUUGACGAGUCCUCGUGGCACACGCGCUUCAGCUUCACCUGCACAUCCCAGGCUUUAGUGUUGAUCUUGGCUCAGAAGGCUACAGCGGCGAAGGCAGAGGAGACGAGGGCGAAGGCUCGGGCCGCGAUGGAAGCCUGGCUGGCACAGGUGGUGCACUUCCGCGAUUUCAAGAUCGCCUUGAACGAGUGCUUUUCGGAGUCUGCCGGGGCUUGCAACCUGGUCGUGCAUGAAGGCUACUGCCAGCACAUGCGCGCCAUCGACAAGGACCUUGGCGCAGACGACGGCCGGAGGCCGUUUCGCGGACCCGUGUGGCUCUUCGUCGCGACGCUGCAAAAGAUCUACGAGUGUCCGGCUGCAAGGGCUGUCGUGCUCCAUUUCUGCGCGAGGCUCGCCAGGAUGAUCCACAGCUCGGACGACAACCGGGGCUCCACAAAUCCUUUGAAGCAGGAUCGAGUCGUCGCCGGCGGUCGCAAGAGGCGUUGGCAUGAAGGCUUCAAGGCCGAAGUGACCCAGGGCGUGGUCCAGAAGGAGAAGGCGUUGACCGGGCUGGGCGCCUGCAAGCUCGAGGGUUGCGACGAGCGGCGCUUGCGAGAGUGGCAGGACAAGCAAUGCUUGUCCACGAUGGCCUGCAGUCAUCGUCUCUUGGGGGACGCCGUGGGCACGUUCAGCAUGUCGGAGGAUGGCGCUCGCUUGGGGUGCCCUGCCGUGGAGACAAAAGUGUACGCCAUGUACCACCGGGGUCAGAGCGUCGCCCUCUGGUUGCCCAACCAGGCGGUGAAGGAGUGGAGGGGCAUGAAGCACGACGGGGUGGGCUUGGCCAGUGAGAGCGUGGCAAAGUGGAAGCAGCGGUUGCAGGACUUUUUCAAGGGCGAGGCAGAGCGGGCGAGACCGUCGACCCGCAAGAGCCUCGGGGACCCGAACUUGGCGAACCAGCACGACCUCCAGGCGUGGGACCAUGCGUUACUCGCAGGCGUGGGCCGCGGACUAGCCAAGUUCCGGGCAGCUCGGCCCUGCCUCCCCCUGGGUCCUGGUGAGGCGAGGUUCUGGGUUGAUCUCGCGACCCUCCCCGAGGAUCUUCAGGCCGCGGCUGCGGGUCGCACCCGAAGGGCGGCGGUCCGCGCGGCCGACGGAUCAACUCGCUUGGAGUGCGUCUGGAGCGAGCCUCGGUGCAUCUUACACUCUUGGCUCGACAUGGGCAGCGUGGGGUGGGUGGGGAAGCACAUCGCCUACGGGCACGGCAAAGUACGGGGCACUUUCGGCAACGACCCGUCGCACCGGAGAUGGGGCAACACCUUGAACAGCCUGUCGGCGGCCGGGCUUACCCUGUUGAAACUUGAGGCGGGCUUGGUGCAGACUUUCUUGCUUGGCCCGUGGCACAUGGACGGGAACUUUCGCAAGGUGGAGGAGGCCGCGCAGGAGUGGCAUGCGAGCUCUGACCACCGCGAUCUGCUGUUCGUACACCUGUACCCCCGGAUCGUGCGGGACCUCAACCAGGGCGUCUUGCCCGCGGAGUUCGGCAGCGACGAGCGCAUCAAGAGCACGUGGGACGCUUUGCCAGAGCAGCUGGUAUUUUGGAGGAGAGGUGCGAGCAUGAAGCUGAACAG